AUGGCUUUAAUGGAAAGAACUCCAGGCAGAUGGCCACGUCCUGUUUGGCAUGCUCCUUGGAAGAUGUAUAGGGUCAUUAGCGGCCACUUGGGAUGGGUACGAUCCAUUGCCUUUGAUCCAAGCAACAAAUGGUUCUGCACCGGCUCUGCAGAUCGCACGAUCAAGAUAUGGGAUGUAGGAACCGGAACGCUACAGCUCUCACUGACAGGACACAUUGAACAAGUACGAGGACUUGCUGUUAGCAGCAGGCACACCUACAUGUUCUCUGCCGGCGAUGACAAGCUAGUUAAAUGCUGGGACCUCGAACAGAACAAGGUUGUCCGUUCAUAUCAUGGUCAUCUGAGCGGUGUUUACUGCUUGGCGGUUCAUCCCACGCUUGAUAUUUUACUCACCGGUGGACGCGAUUCUGUGUGCCGGGUUUGGGAUAUUCGAAGCAAGGUGCAAGUUUUUGCAUUGUCGGGGCAUGACGACACAGUUUGCUCAGUUUUUACUCGACCGACAGAUCCACAAGUUGUCACCGGCUCUCAUGACUCGACCAUCAAGCUCUGGGACCUUAGGUAUGGGAAAACAAUGUCAACACUUACACACCAUAAGAAAUCUGUGCGUGCAAUGGCGCAACAUCCUAAAGAUAUCAAUUCUUUCGCAUCUGUAUCCGCUGACAACGUGAAGAAGUUCAACCUUCCGAACGGCGAAUUUUUGCACAACAUGCUGUCUCAGCAGAAAACUAUAGUUAAUGCAAUGGCUGUGAAUCGGGAUGGUAGUAAUGCCUGUUAGAGAUAGAGAUAUGCUUAUUCAGUGGCACAAACAAUUGCGCAGCCUGGCUCGCUGGAUGGUGAAGCUGCUGUAUAUGCUCUUUCCUAUGAUGUAACUGGUACAAGGCUGGUGACUUGCGGAGCUGAUAAGACGAUCAAAAUGUGGAAAAAGGACCAAAAUGCCACUCCAGAAACCCAUCCUCUCAAUUUCAAGCCUCCUAAAGAUAUUCGACGGUUCUAG